AACGAGCAGCAGCUUUGUCCCAUGCUAGCGGGAACGUUCCGCAACGUGUGCGAGUCCACCUCAUUGUUUUCAAUUUGAUAACGACGCCAACAUUUAACUUUUUAUUGUUGCUGGAACUGUUGCUGGUUUUUGGUACUGUUUUCGGUUGGUGGUACGGUUUUAUUGUUGAUUUUGAUAUUUGAAGGGGCGUCAGUAAUUUUCCGGAUUUUUGUGCAUGGUUUGUUUUGGUUUUGGGGGAUUGUUUAUGGAUGUCAUUUGUGGAUUGUUGCAACUUAAUUCUAUUAUCAGGAGAAAAGUGGACGAUGAGACGGAUCUGCAAUCCUAAAGUGCUUUAAAGAUCACCGGUUUGACUAUGCACAGCACGGAAAAUGGAACAGACUCCGGAGGAGAUGGUUCAAAUAACAGAGGUUCGGUGGCCCUAUCGUUGGCAGGACCCACUCCUGUUCCAGUCUCAACAACGUCGAAUAACUUAUCAACUACCGGUAUACGAGAAUGUGCUGGCUGUGGCAAACGUAUCACAGAGAGAUACCUCCUCAAAGCUUUGGACCUAUACUGGCACGAAGAUUGCCUAAAAUGUGGCUGUUGUGAUUGUAGAUUAGGUGAAGUCGGUUCAACAUUGUAUACUAAAGCAAAUCUAAUAUUAUGUAAAAGAGACUAUCUUAGGUUAUUUGGGACAACAGGUUAUUGCGCAGCUUGUAAUAAAGUCAUACCCGCAUUCGAGAUGGUGAUGAGGGCAAAAAGUAACGUCUACCAUCUGGAAUGUUUCGCCUGUCAACAAUGCAAUCAUAGGUUUUGCGUUGGCGACAGAUUUUACCUUUGCGAGAAUAAAAUACUCUGCGAAUACGACUACGAAGAGAGACUAGUUUUUGCUAAUAUGGCUUAUAAUCCGAGCAGUUUGGCGCACAUACGAAGGCAAGUCAGUAAUUUACAGCCACCAGGAGGCAACCUAAGCCCGCCAAAUGAAAAUCCAAUAGUCAACAGCCAAUCAUGUUACAGCGCGAAGAGUUUGGACCUGGACGGCCCGUUGCAACGGCCCAUUAACAGCCAGCCGACGGCGAAAAUGACGAGUUCCCAUCGCGGAGACACGACACACAAUCAUAGGGACGACGGCUCAAGCGGAUAUGGUAGUCCCGACAGCGAGAUUUUCGAACCACCCACCAACCACUGACGAUUCCAAUCCCUUGCACCUAAAAGAAGAAGGAAAACUAAAUAGAAAUCACUUAAUAAUCUCCAGAUUAUUUUAAAAUCUGACAUUUCA